GAGCCUAGCUCCUCUUUUGUCAUUAAGCAACUCCUUCCCUCUUUCCUGCUUAGUUGGUACGGAGCCUAGCUCCUCUUUUGUCAUUAAGCAACUCCUUCCCUCUUUCCUGCUUAGUUUGUCUUUGUUUCAAUGGCUGCUUCUAAUGUCUUCUCAUAUUCCUCUUCCUCCUCCAAACCUAGAUGGAAUCAUGAUGUGUUUUUGAGUUUUAGAGGUGAGGACACUCGUAAAAACUUCACUGAUCAUCUCUAUACUUCUCUAAUCAAUGCAGGAAUAUCCACAUUUAGAGAUAAUGACAUUUCUCGAGGAGAAAAUAUCUCCUUGGAACUCCUUAAAGCAAUUCAUGAAUCAAGAAUUUCUAUUAUAGUCUUUUCUAAAGGCUACGCUUCUUCUCGGUGGUGUCUUGCUGAACUUACAGAGAUUAUUAAGUGUAAAAAUAUGAUAGGUCAGAUCGUAAUUCCCAUAUUCUAUGAUGUUGAUCCCUCAGACGUGCGAAAACAAACCGGUAGUUUUGGAGAAGCUUUUGAUAGAUAUAAAGAAUUUAAGGAAGAAAUAGACAAAUUGAAGGAAUGGAGAGGAGCACUUAUGGAAGCAGCAGAGCUAGACGGAUGGGACCUCCAAAAUGUCGCAAAUGGGUAUGAAUCAAACUUUAUUCAGAAGGUAGUGGAGGAUGUUUUGAGGAAAUUGAAUUGCAACUACCUGAAUCUUGCCAAACACCCAGUAGGAAUUGAUUCACGAGUCAAAGAAGUGAUUUUCUUGCUGAGUCUUGAUGCAAGCAAUGUCAACAUUGUGGGCAUCCGUGGGAUGGGAGGAAUCGGUAAGACUACCAUAGCAAAAGCUGUAUUUAACCAACUUUGUCAUGGAUUCCAAGGCAGCUGCAGUUUUCUUUCCAAUGUCAGAGAAGUCUCAGAACAGCCUAAUGGUUUAGUUCAAUUACAAAAACAACUACUUCAUGAUACAUUGAAAUUAAGAAAUUUCAAGAAUUUAAGUAGUAUUGACAGUGGCAUCCACUUAAUCAAAGAAAGACUUCGUUACAGAAGAGUUUUUGUUGUUCUUGAUGAUCUGGAUCAAAUGAAACAAGUGGAUGCGUUGGUGGGAGACCGAAAUUGGUUUGGCCCAGGAAGUCGAAUCAUCAUUACAACGAGAAAUGCUCAUUUGCUAGAUCAACUCGAAGUGGCCUUACAGUAUGAGGUCAGAGAACUGAAUCAUGAAGAGUCCCUUGAGCUUUUCAGCUGGCAUGCCUUCAAGCAAAUACAUCCAUCAAAUGAAUAUGUGAAGAUUUCAAAUGAAGUGGUGGAUUAUGUUGGAGGACUCCCAAUAGCCCUUGAAGUUUUAGGUUCUUAUUUGUGUAAAAGAAGCAUACCUGAAUGGAGAAGUGCGGUGGAGAAAUUAAGAAAAAUUCCUCACCAACAAAUUCAGAAAAAGCUUAGAAUAAGUUUUGAUGCAUUGGAUGAUGAUAAAACAAAGGAUAUAUUUCUUGAUAUUGCUUGCUUCUUUGCUGGUGUAGAUAAAGAUCAUGUAGCUAAAAUACUGGAUGGAUGCGGUCUCUUUCCAGAAAUUGGUAUUCGUGUUCUCAUCCAAAGGUCUCUAGUGAAAAUUGAUUGUUGGAAUAGGUUGGUGAUGCAUGAUCUAUUACGGGAUAUGGGAAGGGAGAUUGUCCGAGUAGCAUCACCAAACCAUCCUGGGAAACGCAGCAGACUUUGGUUUCAUGAGGAUGUUUUGGAAGUCCUCAAAAAGCACAUGGGGACGGAUGUUGUUGAGGGUCUCAUGCUUGAUGCACGUGCUUCAAAAGAUGUAUUUCUGAGCACAGAGUCAUUUACAAGGAUGAAUCAUUUGAGAUUGCUCCAAAUCAAUGCUGUCCAUCUUACGGGAAGACAAGAAAAUCUUUUCCAGGAGUUGAGAUGGCUUUGUUGGCAAGAAUGCCCUCUGAAAUCUAUACCGCGUAGGUUACAACUAGACAAUUUAGUUGUUCUUGAAAUGCAGUUCAGCAACAUCAGAGAAAUCUGGAAGGGGAUCAAAGUUCUCAAGAAAUUGCAGAUUCUUGAUCUCAGACACUGUGUGCACCUUGCUAAAACACCAAACUUCUCAGGACUCAUCGGUCUGGAGAGAUUAAUUCUUGAAGGCUGCACAAGUUUAGUUGAGGUCCACCAAUCUAUUGGAUGUUUGAAGAAACUUGUUUUCUUGAACAUGGAGGGCUGCAAAAGCCUAAAGAAUCUUCCCGAAAGCAUUUGUUACUUGAAAGCUCUUGAAACUCUCAACAUUUCUGGCUGCUCAAAACUUGACAGAUUGCCAGAGAGCCUGGGUAGCAUGGAAGCCUUAACUAAGCUUCUAGUCGAGGGAACAGCCAUUAAGCAGCUCCCAUCUUCAAUUGGACAUCUGAAAAACCUUACAACAUUAUUGUUCCGUGGAUCGAAAGAUGUCUCACAGUCUGUCUCUUGGUUAUCACAACUUGCAUCAUGUUUUUUGUCCAGAAGUGCAAACUCAAAAGUUUUGCUGCCAGCUUCCUUGGUUGGGUUGACCUCAUUGACGCAGCUAUUUCUUCAUAACUGUAGUUUAUUUGAGGAUGUAGUUCCCAUUGACCUUGGGAGAUUAUCAUCGCUCAAACAUCUGGAUUUGGAAGGAAACGAUUUUUUUAAUCUUCCCACUGGUAUUCGAUAUCUUCCUAAGCUUGUUGUACUGGUGCUGACUUCAUGUAGAAAUCUCAAAUCAAUCUCAGAGCUUCCAUCAAGCUUAAAGUUUUUGUGGGCGUCAAACUGCGCAUCACUCGAAAGAAUAUCACUUAAAUCAAAUGGAUUCCUGCGGAUGAUGUUUCUGUCUAAUAGCACAAAACUAGUAGAGAUUCAGGGAUUGGAAGAUAUGGAGCAAGCAAUUGCCAUUGAAAUGCCAUCAGGAAGGAACAGUUAUGCAAAUGAUUUUAGGAAAUUUCUUUGUCAGGCACUAUCCCAGGGUAAGCCUCAAGCCAUUUGUCUCCAAAGCAGAGAGUUACCCAUGUGGUUAAGCUAUCGAGGAGAGGGAUCUUCGUUGUCAUUUCGUGUACCCACAGUUUCAGAAGGAAACACUGAGGGUCUUAUUUUGUGGAUUGUUUGUGCAAUAAAUGACACAACUGCUAAUGUAGUUGUCACAACCACAUGCAAGAGCAAUAGUUCCACGACAUGGGAGAUGGCAUCUGACUUCAGUCUUGUUGGAGCUUGUGAUGAUCAUUCUUUGUUGACGUAUUUACCAUUUCAAUCUGCAAUUGAAAGCGGAGAAGAAUUGGAAAUUACAGUUCAGGCUGGCGCUAACAACAUGGUUAAAAACAGUGGUGUCUCUCUGAUCUAUUCAAAUGGCCUUUUUUGGUUUGAGAAAAGGAUUGAAGUGUCAAAUUCUCCACAAGAAAUUUGUUGUUUUGACAAAAGAAAUUGCAAGAUGCCCAAUAUGCAACUGCAUGAUUACUUAUGGUAUAGACCGUAGGGGUAAACUAACAAAAUUAGUAUUGUUAACAAAAUUAGUAUUGUUAUUUUUACGCGGUAGAGUCGUGAGAAAUUCAGAAAAUAUAAUGAAGUUAGGAUUUGAGAAUUUCGAGUGAUUAUAUUUUAAAUUUUUUCAUUAUAAUUGAAUCUUUUCUCUUGUAUUGUCCAUGAACAUAAAUCUUACGAUCGAU